AUGACAAAUCGAUGAGAUGUUCAUUGUCUGGUGGGGAUCAGAUAAUGUUAAUGUCACAUCACUUGUGCUUCAUAAACUGACAUUGAAAGUGGAGUAAGCUAACGCUCCAUCUUCAGGUGGUAAAGCGAGAUCUUUUUUUAACCCGGAAGAAGAAUAACGAGGUCGCCAUGGGAAGCAAAGUUAGUGGCAAGAUGGCUGCCGCUGGACGGGUCGUUCAGGCCGUGCGACCACACGCACCCUUAAUCAAAUUUCCCAAUAGAAAAGGUAUACCAAGACCAAAUGUUCAAGAAGCACUGAAAGUGGUUGCUGCCAGUCUUGCCCCAGACACGUCCCCAAGUUCAACACCAUUACCACCAGUACUACCACCACCAAGACCACCUGGACCCGUUAGUCGAUUACCUGGGACCCCAGAUACGAUUGCCGUAGUUAAGGAUCUUCCACAAAGGUAUCGCAGGAGGGUAGUCACAGAUGAAGAAAUGGAGUAUAUUCAGCGCGGUGGACCAGAGUGACACCAAGAAUCAGCAAUAUCUACCAGAGUCCUUACUUUAUCAUUUGUUUUCUGUUUUAUGUUGCCUAAUUUUAUUCCUCAACAUAUGAGGACUCCUCAACAACUGAGGCUGCCACCUUUCAUCCUACAAAUUGCAGAGAAAACAAACAUUUAAUUUUUAUUUGUGAAAAUGUACAUACAAAUAUUUUUAAAGAUGUAGAUAUUUUACUGGAUUGUUUUACUUGUUGGUUCAUGGACUGUGUUCUUCCACCUAAAUCUUAACCUAAGGAGAGGUUGAGUAUCUUGAAGCCUAUGGUGACAGUCCUGCUCUGGGAAAAGCCAAGCAAAUUCCAGUUCUCGCAGAUGUACAUCUUGCCAUCUCUGCUCCUCAUCCAAAGCUGUUUUGUCUGCAAGCGCACAUGUUGCUAAUUAUUACUCCCUCCCAGUUCGCUCAACUUCAAUCCAACCUAGUUCAACUAAGUCAGGCAGGCAAAACCUCUACACGCCCUGUAAAGUCUGACUGCUGCUGGAAUGGUAAUAGACUGAAUGUUGGGACUGAAGUUCUCCACUAUUAAAAGUAUUUAAUAUGUUGA